CUGACACCUCGUGGGUUAGAGACAGAGUCCCACCGACAACAGCCCAUCUGUCUCGGGUGUGUUAAAGGAGUUCACAGGCGCAGUGCGGCUGGUGUCCUGUGGUGCACGAUGGCUCAGAACCAGGUGAUCCUGCAGUUCCGCUUCACCACAUUCGGGGACUCCAUGCUGCAGAAGAUGAACCUCCUUCGGCACCAGCGGCGCUUCUGCGACGUCACGGUGCGCAUCAACCAGCUGGAGGUUCCCGGCCACAAAGUGGUGUUUGCCGCCGGCUCGUCUUUCCUGAGGGACCAGUUCAUCCUUCAGCAAGACUCCAAAGAGGUCCAGAUCUCCAUGAUCCAGGAGGCGGAGGUGGGCCGGCAGCUGUUGCUGUCCUGCUACACGGGCCAGCUGGAGUUCCCCGAGCUGGAGCUGGUGCACUACUUGACGGUGGCCAGCUUCCUGCAGAUGGGGCACAUCGUGGAGCAGUGCACCCAGGCCCUGAGCAAGUUCAUCAAACCUCAGGCGCCACGCCAGCUGGAGGCGGGCGAGGACGCCAGGAGGGAAAAGAGGGUGGAGGCCUUAUCCUCCCAGGCCCAGAGGGAGACUGAGCCCUCCCAGGCUCGGACUGUCCCUCAGGAGGAGGACGACGAGGAUGACGAGGACGUUAUGGUGGGCCAGGUCGGAGGAGACACCAACGAUGACAGCGAGGACGACGACGUGAUCAUGGAGCCCAUGAGUCCUGUCCAGAUUGUGAGCCGGCGCCCGAAGAUGUGCGCGAUGGAUAACGACAUCACCAUCGUGAAAGUGGAGUCGGUGUCGGACGUGGCGGAGAACUCCGUCAGCGGCCACUUCUCGGCCAGCCCCCCGGCGGCGCUGCACUCCCCUGAGCCGCAGCACUCGCUCAUCAACUCCACCGUGGACAGCCGGGGCAGCGAGAUGGCGGCCCCAGCGGGCGCCGCCGGGUACCCGCUCAGCCCGCCGCCGCCGUCCCCGCCCGCGGAGAAGCACGGCGGGCACCAGCGCAGCUACGACAAGCCCCUGCAGUGGUACCACCAGUGCCCCAAGUGCGCCCGCGUCUUCCGGCAGCUGGAGAACUACGCCAACCACCUGAAGAUGCACAAGCUGUUCAUGUGCCUGCUGUGCGGCAAGACCUUCACGCAGAAGGGCAACCUGCACCGGCACAUGCGUGUGCACGCCGGCAUCAAGCCCUUCCAGUGCAAAAUCUGCGGGAAGACGUUCACGCAGAAGUGCUCGCUGCUGGACCACCUGAACCUGCACAGCGGGGACAAGCCGCACCGCUGCAACUACUGCGACAUGGUGUUCGCCCACAAGCCUGUGCUGCGCAAGCACCUCAAGCAGAUCCACGGCAAGAACAGCUUCGACAACGCCAACGAGCGCAGCCUGCACGAGGGGGGCGUCGACUUCGACUUCGGCCGGAUACUGAACCCCAUGGGACCUUGCGAGCUUACCCCUGCAGGAACACGGCCGUCCUGA